AUGGCCGGUGGCACACCUAGCGGCGAACCCACCGUGGGCUCAGGCGAGCCUCGACUAAAAAGCCUUGCGACCCCAGAGACAAUAACAACAGGUUGUAUUGCCUGGGUCGAAAAGGAAGGUCAACCACGACGCGCCGAAAUCCUUAGUAUCAAGACGACAAAAAGCGGCAAGCAAUUCUAUUGCAAUUUUGAUAACUUCAAUAAACGAUUAGAUGAAUGGGUUCCUGUGAUUAGGCUGGACUUUACUCGAGAGGUCGAAUGGCCAAACCCAGAAAAGGACAAGCCCAAAGACCCCAAAACGAAGAAAGCGCCCGCUGCACAAUCCAAGAAGACACAACCUUCUAAGAAGUCACAAAAGAGGCCUGGGAAGCGGGAGCAAUCGGUUGCUUCAGAGGCAAAUACCCCACAUCCAUGGACUGAAUCCCAAAAUCGUCAGAAGUCUGCCUCGAUCGGGCCCGAUGGGGAAAGCCAAGCUCGCGCCAGUGUUGAUGGUGCAACACCUGGUGGAGGCGACGACAUGGAUGUAGAUGAGAAGGAAGCUGAAGUCAAAAGGGAACCAGCAGAAUUCAGCCGUGAAGUCGAGAUCGAGAAGCUCCGCACAUCCGGCUCGAUGACACAGAACCCGACCGAAGUAUCUCGAAUUCGAAAUAUCUCCAAGGUACAAUUUGGGCGUUUCGACCUUUACCCCUGGUACUUUUCACCUUAUCCCGAAAUCUUCAGUCAGGAGGAUGUGAUCUUCAUUUGCGAAUUCUGUUUAAGUUACUAUGGAGAUGAGAAGGCCUUUACGCGACAUCGACGAAAGUGCACGCUACAACAUCCACCUGGAAACGAGCUUUACCGGAACGAAGAUAUAUCAUUCUUUGAAAUCGAUGGUCGGCGACAACGAACGUGGUGCCGCAACCUCUGUUUGCUGUCCAAGAUGUUUCUUGACCACAAGACACUGUACUAUGACGUGGACCCCUUCCUGUUCUAUGUCAUGACUGCGCGAACCGAAAAGGGAUGUCACUUGGUAGGAUACUUCUCUAAGGAAAAAGAGAGUGCGGACGGAUACAAUGUUGCCUGUAUUCUAACCAUGCCGCAAUACCAACGCAAAGGCUAUGGUCGACUUCUGAUUCAGUUCUCGUAUGAACUUUCUCGCAUUGAAGGAAAGCUCGGGUCUCCAGAAAAGCCAUUGUCGGAUUUGGGUCUGCUGAGUUACCGACAGUAUUGGUCAGAGAACAUUCUGGAGCUACUUAUGGGAUACAACGAGCGUGAGGAGAAGGUCACGAUCGAGGCGAUAUCAGCAGCGCUGGCUAUGACAACACAGGACGUGGAGCACACCCUGCAAGCUCUCAGGAUGCAGGUAUACCACAAGAGCGACCACAAGAUUGUGAUUCCUGAGAAGUUGAUCCAGCAACGGGAGAAGACCAAGUUGAAGAGGAAACGAACAGUGGACCCAACCAAGAUUCAAUGGAAGCCCCCAGUGUUCACAGCUUCAAGCCGGACAUGGGGUUGGUAA